GCGGGACCCCAAGCACACACUCGCUUUCGUCCUGAAGAAAGAGAAGCAACUUUAAUUCUUCCAAAAUGGCACUUAAGGUCGUGAUCGCCCUGCUGGUCCUCGUGGCCGCCUGCUCCGCCAUAUACCUGCCCUACGGCUCCGGCUACCUGCCGCCCUACUACGGCGGGUACGACUCCUCCGCCGCCGCUGCAGCUGCAGCUGCCGCCGCCAGCGGGUCCGGCCUGUACGGAGGCUCCAGCGCCGCAGCCGCCGCGGCCGCAGCUGCCGCCAGCCGCGGCCAGCGCUACCCCUACUACCCCUACUACUACUAGGCCCGCGAGCCAGAGGACGGGAUCCAGGUCCCUGGCGGGAUCUAGGUCACACCACGAUUGUUCCAGAACCUUCCAGAGUGACGACUGUUCAAAUGCUUUGGGUGCCGUUCCAGCGAUGAAUGAUUCUCGCAUGAGAACAUUCGCUCAUCAUGCCUAAUUCCUAAAAUAAAUAUUUUUGACCAAAUAAACUGAAGUUCUCUUACUUUAAAAAA